CCGUUAUCCAAAGCAGCUGGAGCCUGGAGAGUAGCCGCUGCUCUCGACCACGUCUCCCCUGCGCUGCACGAGGAAGCAAUGGCGACCACGGCGCCGCUCCUCUCGUCCCAGCGCGCUCGCCCUGCCUCCCUACCGCUCCCCCGCCGCCUCCCGCCCCCGCAUCUGGCCCUGCCCCUCGCGGCGCCAGCGGGGCUGCGGCUUCGCCGCGCGCCGGCUCCGUGCACGGCCAAGUUCGGCAAGUUCGACGCCUCCGACGCCCCCGCGGAGGCCGAGGAAGCGGAAGUGGCGACGGCGGGCGACGGAGCAGCGCAGCAGGCGGAGGAGGACGACAGCUGCUUGCCGUCGGACUUGGAGGGCGCGAUUCGGCAGUCGGGGAAGGCGAGCGCGGAUUUCGUCAACUCCGGAGGCUUGCGAGCCAUCGCAGAGCUGCUGAUCCCUCAGUUGGAAUUCCUCAACGAGGAAGGAGCACAGGCUGAGCUCUGGGCACUGUCGAGAAUAUUCCUGGACACACUUGUACAAGAGACAGGCCAGAAAGUUACGGCCAUUUUCCCCGAUGCUGGAGCAGCUGCCCUUCUGAAGUAUCAAUGGAAAGAUGCACAGUUCAAGUGCUCUAGCUUAAGCGACCGGAAGCCAGUUGAUGCUGAGGAUGAAGUUGCUGUUAUGAUUAUCCCUGAUCAUCAGAUGCUGGAAUCUGUUGAACGCAUCGCAUCUAAACUUUCUGACGAUCCUAUAAGACCUCUUGUCAUGUGGAACCCACGUCUUGUUAGUGGAGAUGUUGGAGUAGGCUUUAAUGUUCGGAAUCUACGCAGAAAUUUCUUAAGUACUUUUACCACUGUUUACUCAAUGAGGCCGUUGCCGACCGGUGCAAUCUUUAGAUGCUAUCCUGGAAACUGGAAAGUGUUUUAUGAUGAUCCAAAAAGACCAAACCGGUAUUUGCUUGCCAGAGAACUCACAAGUCGCCCUGAUGCAACAGAUAUUGAGAGGAUAUUUGGAGGUGUCGAUGAGCAAUCUGAAGGGGCACCAUCGUUGCUCAAUAAUGUCAAGGGCGUGUUUAGUUCUGUGAGCCAGUUUAUGAGGGUCAUCUCCAAGUGAAAAAUCACAGCAAAUCUUCGUCACAUUUGAUGCCAUUGAUAAUCAUCUUGAAUCUUGAUGGCUUAUUCUUGUGUUAUGCAAGAAGAUGGUUUUGGUGCAUCAGUGCUGCGAUGUUGCUAGUCUGCAACUCCCUGAGCAACUGUGUACAGAUAACAUACCGUAGAUUCCUUAAAUCGUCCGAGGAUCCUACACCGUGCAAUUCUUAUUUACAUAAUUGUAUAAAAAAUUUCAGUAGAUAGAUCUUUUUUCUGGAAGUUGUGGAGAGUUGAAAUGUAACUACAAUUAUUUCUUGACUUUUAGUCACUUGUGUUCAUGUAUCAUAAUCUGAGCUCACUUUUUGCUUACUGGAAAAAAGGAAUGGAUUGAAAAACUGAAACUCA